AUGAACGACAACAUACUCUACCCACACUCGCCUCCCUCCCAAGCUGCGGCUUGGAUGAACGCCACCACUACUCACUCGCACACUGGUCAGCUGUCUCCCAUCAGCACCGGCAUGGACAACGCAGCGAUGGACCAUUCUUGCGCCCCGACAAUGGUACACUCCGCAUCCUCGUCUUGCACUGAUUCCUGGAGCACCGCCCACGCUGAUGCCUUCGACGGAGACGACGCUGACAACGAUGUCGUGUGGGAACAGGGCUCGGACGACAUACUUACUGUACCCAAACUCGAACCACUUGACGAUGAUUUCAAGUUAGAUGAUGUAAAGGAAGCACCGCUCAACACGGCAGAGUCCUCGUUGAUCUCACCUACAACUACCCAACCGAAGCAGAAGCGACCUAGAGGUCGACCUCGCAAGCACCCGCUGGCGCCCGUUGUGAACCCUAGCAAGGUUACCAAGGGAAGAUCCAAGACUGGGUGCAUUACUUGUCGAAGGAGAAAGAAGAAGUGUGACGAAGCCAAGCCAAGAUGCAUGAACUGCGAAAAGAACGCCGUCGUCUGCGAGGGCUACCACGAGAAGAAGCUUUGGAGAAGCGGCAAGGAGAAGGCCUGUGAUGAUCGCAUCGAAGACUCGGUCGUUUUCACUAUGCAGCCCCUGUUCAACGGCGUCGACACCACUGAAGACAAGAUCUUCUGGAGACACUACGGCGUUCACCUCAGCAAUGUUCUCACUGUGGAGGGCGAGGCAAAGAACGCCUUCAAAGACAUUAUUUUACCGCUGGCAAACCUCCACCAAGGUGUGAUGCAUUCGGUUCUUGCCAUGAGCAGCAAGCACAUCGACUUCGACACGCCCUAUGGUGCCAAAUUGCUUCAGCAAAACCCAACGACCAGCCGCGAGGCACUCCAGGAAAGAUCUGACUAUCACCACAACAAGGCGAUGGAAUCAUUCUAUGCCGACAUCCGUCGCUCCGAGGAGGAGAACGCUGAUGGGCAGACCAUAUCCACUGCUCGUUUCGCCCAGAUGCUAUGUCUUCUGGUCACCACCCUGAUUGAAGGCAACCCUCAUGGUGAACACAGAGUUCAUCUCCGAGGGUACAAGGAGCUUAUCCAGCAGACGCCCCCGGAGGACACAGUCUUUCUCAGCUUCAUCCAGGAGUUCUUCCAGUAUCAUAUCUACGCUGACGAGCUGCUGUGGCAUCCUGCUAUGGACGGUCCUCGUCUGGCUUCCGAAGACUGGAGUCCCUUGGUUCCCAUCGAGUCCCCUCGGCUCUUGGGUGUCGCCGAUGGCCUUUUCCAAUACCUUUGCCACAUCACUACACUGAGGAACGCCAUUCGCGAGAGCGUCUACAGAGGAUCUGAGACGGUUGUGAACUACCACAUCUUGUACCGGGCACAAGAGAUUCAGGAGGCCAUCGAGCAGUGGAUGCCCAUGUGGCCACCGGGCGACAGCAGGCACCGCGUGGGACAUGUCUACAAGCACAUGAUGUUUUUGCAUCUGUUCCGAACCAUUUACCCUCCCACGUCAGCUGAGAGGAGACCAUCCGUGUUUUCCGUGGCAACUUCGAUUGCCACGUCGACCUCGUCGUCUUCUUCUCGCCGCCACUCGCAGAUCUCGCGUCCAUCGACGGCGACGAGCUGUGCGUCGUCCCCUGGACUCAGGCCUUCCACUGCGGCAGGAUUCCCUUUGAGCAUGCAUCUCAAGCGUGAUCCCAACUCUCGAGGUCCCUCUAGGACGAGCUCCAUGCACGAGUCUGACGCCGGCUCUUCGAGUUGUGCCGUCAUCGACGAGCAGCGUCCUGCGUCCCCCCCACCCAUCCGUCGCCCCCCUCAGCACGAUAACCGCAUCACUUCAGCUGUUGAAGAGUCUUUGAAAAUUAUGGAGGGCUUCAAGCCUUCCGACCCUGCCUUGACUCUGCUGCUGAUGCCUUGUCUCGUCAUCGGAGCGACCUGCUUUGAUCCAGCACAGCAGGAGCGAGUCCGAACUGUAGUCCGAUCGAUCCGUGGCUACACUGGUCUUCGCAACUGCGACCGUGUUCUCGACGUGCUCGAGGAGCUCUGGCGUCUCAUGGACUUUGGCGACUGGCUCUCAGUUUGGGAUUGGCAGACCGUCGCGAGAAACCAAGGCCUCGACUUCUUGUGCACUUGA